AUGGGAAAAGCUUGUUGUGGUAAUAAACAUGGGCAUUCACAUGAUGAUGAACCAGUGGCAAAUAUUAAUAUGACAAAAGAGGAAGAAGCUAUAGCAAAAUUUAUUAGAUUUAAUACACCUUGUAAGAAGACAAUUUUCAAUCAAAAUGAAGUUGAAUAUUUUACUGGUGAAAAGGCUGUCACAACACUUUAUGAAUCAGACAAGUAUGGGAGCAAAUCUAAAACACCAAUGUUUAAUGAUAGAGAAGAAGCUGCUGCUUAUAUACAAACAUUAAUGGAAAGAGGUUUAUUUUUUAAAGUUGUUAAGACUGUUUUAAGAAAAAAAGAUAAAACUAAAAAAACAAAAGAUCAAAAUGAUGAAAAUAAAGUUGAUGAAGAAAAUAAGAAAAAAGAUAAAAAGAAGGUUAAAUUAACUGUCCACCAACAUCAAUCAUUUAUCGAUGGUAAAGAAACUUAUGUUUGGACAUACAAUCCAACACCACUUUUUAAACAAUUAAUUGGAAUUGGAUUAUUAGUAGGAACUGUUGCACUUUGUCUUUUACCAUUAUGGCCUGAAUGGCUUCGUACUGUAGUAUAUUAUAUUGCUAUGGCUGCUGUUGGAUUUAUUGUAUUACUUAUGACUGUUGCUGCUGCACGUUCAAUUUUGUUCGUUAUUAUUUUUGUACUUACACUUGGAAAACAUCAUUUAUGGAUAUUACCAAAUUUGACGGAAGAUUGUGGUUUCUUUGAAUCAUUUGUACCAUUAUAUACAUAUGAAUAUCGUGGUUCUAAUUAUAAAAAUAAAAAUAAAAAGAAAGCUAAAGAUAGUGAUGAUGAAAUUUCAGAUGGCGAAGAUAUAACAAAAGAUGAAAAAGAUACUGAAGAUGAAAAAAAUGCAUCUAGUAAAGAUGAAGGAUAUGUUAUGAUAGAAGAAAAAAAUUAA